AACCAAACCCUUUUCAUUCUCACACAAUUAAUCACUCCGAUCCAUCAAUCAAAAUUCCCUCCGAUCGAUCGAUCUUGAAUCAACAGUCAUAGAUGGGAUUUGACGACGACGAUUUCUGCCACACAGGUCUCGCCUUAGGAUUAGGGCUUUCAUCGCCGCCGCCGCCGCCGUCCCUCCUCGGACACAAAUCACCCAAACAGCACCACCAGUCCUCCGACGUCGGCAAGCCAUCCCAGCCGUCCCUUACCCUCGCCCUCUCCGCCGAAUCCUUCGAUCUGAGCCGUCCAUUCAAAAAGGCUCAUCAGAUCAUCGCCGGCGCCCAAUCCGACCAACUGUACGGCGCCGGACAAGACCACAGCGCCGCCUCCUCGUUCUCCAACAACGUUAGCGUCAAGAGAGAGAGAGAGAUAGAGAGAGAGAGAGACACCGGCAGCGACGAAGACGACGACGGAUCCAACGCUCGCAAAAAGCUUCGACUCACAAAGGCUCAGUCUGCUCUCCUCGAGGAUUGCUUCAAAAACCACAGCACUCUCAAUCCUAAACAAAAGCAGGACUUGGCAAGAGAGCUGAAGCUCAGGCCACGUCAGGUUGAAGUGUGGUUUCAGAACAGAAGAGCCAGGACUAAACUGAAACAAACGGAGUUAGACUGCGAGUACUUAAAAAAAUGCUGCGAGACUCUAACGGACGAGAACCGCCGUUUGCAGAGAGAGCUGCAGGAGCUGAGGGCGCUGAAGUUAGCCAAGCCGCUCUACAUGCAGCUCCCGGCGCCGACUCUCUCCAUGUGCCCGUCGUGCGAACGGCUCGGCGCCGCCAACGACGGCGCGGCUAAGAGCUCAGCUUUUACGAUGGCUCCCAAGCCGCACUUCUACAAUCCCUUCGCCAAGCCGUCGGCGGCGUGUUAAUUAAUUUAGGAAAAAAAAUAUAUAUAUAUUUAUUUAAAAUAUAAACACACAUAAUAGAUAUAAAAAAUAUAUGUGAAUUAUUACAGUGUCUAUUAUGAGCUGUCGCGGGCCCCACAACCGUGUUUUUAUUCGGUUAAGGGGGAAACGUAUAUGAGUGCAAGAAAUUGAUUAACUAGGGGAGAUUUUAUUUAAUUAGGUUAUUACUAAUUAAUUAUGUGUUCUUUUUUAUUUUAUUUUAUUUUUUUGAGGGGUUUUGAUGAGAUGGGUGUAAAUUGUUACUUGUGGAUUAUAUAUAGUGAAGAAAGUAUUGUUUAUUUGUUUUUAUGUA